AUGCAAGGCGACAGAACGAAUACACCCCUACCAUCUCGCACUCUAGAGCUCCUGGAUCGAAAUGCAAGCCAUACUUUCAAAGUGCCCGCCAAAUGCAUCAACGAUGGGGACGAUGUAUCGUUCUUCCUUACCAGCAAAGCCUAUGCCGACAUUAUGACGUUUAUCUUCCAACUGAACGUAGCCAUGUUGCCCCGUAAAACAGAAAAAGAAGGGUCAGGAGUGAAGGGUGUCAAAGAAUGGAUGCUGCAAAAUUCCGAUGUAUCAUAUCCACCUGUUGUGCAGAACCUCGCCAAGCUCCUGGAGGAUUUAGCACGAAUAAUCGACGAAGCCCCCCCGGACCCUGGUCCUCGUCGAUUUGGAAACAUCAGCUUCAGAAAAUGGUAUGAUAUAGUAAGAGAGCGAGUGUCGGAUCUUCUGGACAGAUACCUGCCCGCGGAAGCGUUCGCGCCGUUUAACAAUUCAUCUGGAGAAGAGGUCACAGCCAAGCAAGAGCUCGAGGCGUAUCUCAUCGGUAGCUUUGGCAGCUCGCAAAGAUUGGACUACGGGACCGGCCACGAAUUGAGCUUCCUCGCGUUCCUGGGCUGCUUGUGGAAGCUGGGCGGGUUCCCUCCUAGUACCGACGGAGCAACAGAGCGAGCCAUUGUACUUGGCGUCAUUGAACCAUACCUUGCAUUGAUACGGCGCCUGAUCCUUACGUAUACCCUAGAGCCUGCGGGAUCUCACGGCGUUUGGGGCUUGGACGACCAUUCCUUCUUGCCCUACAUUCUAGGAUCUGCGCAACUCUCACCUGCAGUAUCGUCCCCUGCUGAACUCAGACUCGAGGGCUCCCUUCCAACCGCUCCUAAUCCUGGAGAUGUAGCGAAGGCGCCGGCCGUCGAACGCGAGCGCAGCCGCAACAUGUACUUCAGCGCUAUCGGAUUCAUCUACGAUGUUAAAAAGGGGCCAUUCUGGGAGCAUAGCCCCAUUCUGUUCGACGUAUCUGGAGUCAAAGCGGGCUGGGCAAAGAUCAACAAGGGCAUGAUCAAGAUGUAUAACGCAGAAGUACUGUCCAAGUUCCCGGUCGUUCAACAUUUCCCCUUUGGAUCCCUCUUCGCAUGGGAACGUGAUCCCCUGGCAGAAGAGAUCCAAGCUAGUGUCCACACGUCUUCCCAACCGAAGACAAAUGCACCUACGGCACGACCACAACCAGCGCUGCGGGACCCCCUGGCCGAGCCCAGUACGCAGACUACAAAGAUGCCUACAAGCGGCACCGCCGCACCGUGGGCUUCCGCGCGCAUUCCCGCGCGAGCACAAGGCCCAGCCGUUCCCGCUGGUCCCAACCAACCCACAAGAGCGCCCUGGGCAUCCUCGACGUCGUUGCCUCCACCAGGGGGUACGACGACUGCGCCAUGGGCUAGGCCGGGAGCAGCCGCUUCGUCGACGACACGGGGUACAGUCCCAAGCACACGGGCUCCGUGGGCAGACAAGGAGCCACGGAAGUGA